AUGGCCGCGGGCCAGGCAGAGCAGCUGCUGUGGAGCGACUACACGGUGGAGGUGCGCCUGAACGACUACCUGGACAUCAUCUGCCCGCACUAUGAGGAGGGGAGCGUGGACCCCCGCGCCAUGGAGCGCUACACCCUCUACCUGGUGGAACCCGAGGAAUACCAGGCCUGCAAGCCCCGAUCCAAGGAGCAGAUCCGUUGGGAAUGCGACAAACCCAGCGCCCUCCACGGCCCCGAGAAGUUUUCGGAGAAAUUCCAGCGCUUCACCCCUUUCACGUUGGGGAAGGAGUUCAAGGAGGGGCACAGCUACUACUACAUCUGUGAGUGCCCGGGGGUCCCGCCCAACCUGAGCUGGCUGGGCUACGGCUGCCUGAAGCAGGACCGGACGCUGAUCGCCGUCAACACCGUCGGGGCGGCCCUGCAGACCCUCUACAUCCUGGCGUACCUCUACUACAGCCCCGCGAAGCGCCCCGUGCUGCUGCGGAGCCUGCUGCUUCUGGCUGUGCUGGUCGCCGGCUACGGCUACUUCACCCUCCUGAUUGCCGACGCGCGGACGCGCCUGGGGUGCCUGGGGCUCUUCUGCAGCGUCUUCACCAUCAGCAUGUACCUCUCGCCACUGGCCGACCUGGCCAAGAUUGUCCGGACCAAGUCGACGCGCUGCCUGUCCUUCCCCCUGACCGUCACCACCUUCCUGGCCUCCACCAGCUGGACGCUGUACGGCCUGCAGCUCCGCGACCCCUACAUCACGGUCCCGAACGUGCCGGGCAUCAACCGGGGCGGCCGAGCGGUCGCUGGGGCUGGCAUGUGCCGGGAGCGGCUGGCGGGAGCGGCCGUGACGUGGCCCCCCCAGGCGCGAGGCCGGAGGCGAGCGGAGCGUCUCCCCGGGGACGCGAGUGCCCGCAGCGGGCACGUGGCCGUGCAGAGAGGCUCUACUGCCGUGCUGCUGCCUGCUGAGCUGCCGGAGGGCUGUGAGUAG